AUGGUGGUAACCGACCAGCACGAGUACCUGUGCGAGGAAGAAAAGCGCCUGAGGGAAGACCGGGAGCGUUCAAAAUACUGGAAGAAGUUUGGGCCUUACGUGGCUGAGAGGCAAUGGGCUACAGUGAGGGAAGACUACUCUGAGAAUGGAGAUGCAUGGAGCCACUUUCCCCAUGAACACGCCAGAUCCAGAACAUUCCGCUGGGGAGAGGAUGGCAUUGCUGGCGUGUCCGAUUCUCACGGGCUUCUGAAUGUUGCUUUCAGCUUUUGGAACCAGCAAGACGGAUACCUAAAGGAGAGGUUGUUUGGGCUUUCGAAUCCGGAAGGCAAUCAUGGUGAAAGUAUCAAAGAAUGUCACUUCCACCUCGACAAUACACCUACACAUUCAUAUAUGAAGUACCUCUAUAAGUACCCACAACGUGAAUUUCCGUACGAGAAGCUGGUCUCCGAAAACGCAAAACGCGGUAAAACAGAGAGGGAGUACCAGCUGAUAGAUACGGGAGUUUUCGAAGAUGACCGAUAUUUCGACUGCUUUAUCGAGAUGGCAAAGGAGGAUGACGAGGAGCUUCUUUUCCGCGUGACUGCGUACAAUCGCGGACCAGAUCCAGCAAAGCUCCACGUCAUUCCCCAUGUCUGGUUUCGAAACACAUGGGCCUGGGAUCCUGAAAGGAACCCCAAGAAACCCUCAAUCAAGCAAAUAGCUCCACUGACAGCGCAAACGAAGCAUGAGAAGCUCGGACACCAAUUCUGUCAGCUCUCGCCCUCGCCGGGAAUAGGUAAAAGCGGACGGGAUGUACAGCCACGAAUGCUUUUCACAGAAAACGAGACCAACCUCCACACUCUCUAUGGCUCAAAGAACCCUCAAGCUUUCGUCAAAGACGCCUUUCAUCGACACAUAGUAAAUAGUGAACGAGGAGCGGUAAACCCGCGUUGUCGUGGGUCCAAGCUAGGUUGUUGGUACGCAUUCGACGAAGAUGACGGUGUACCUUCCGGCGAAUGUGCAGUAGUCCGGUUUCGAAUCUCAAAAAAAUACGAGGGCUACCUAGACGAGGAAAUUUUUGAUGACGUUAUCGAAAAACGCCGGACUGAAGCCGAUGAAUUCUACUGGAGAAUCAGUCCAUUGCCCAUGACCGAUGAUCUACGCAACAUCCAGCGCCAGGCGUUGUCAGGCAUGUUGUGGUGCAAGCAAUAUUAUCAUUUCGUCUGGGAUCAGUGGGCCAACGGGGACAAGGGACAGAUAGCGCCGCCACCUGGCAGAAAAGGAGUUAGAAAUAGCAAAUGGCGUCACCUUUUUAUCGACGACAUCCUGUCCAUGCCAGACUCGUGGGAAUACCCCUUCUUUGCCGCAUGGGAUACGGCUUUCCAUUGCAUACCACUAGCAAUGAUUGACCCGGAUUUUGCCAAGAAGCAAUUAGAUCUUUUAACGAGAGAAUGGUAUAUGCAUCCGAAUGGACAGCUUCCCGCCUACGAAUGGAAUUUUGGAGAUGUCAAUCCUCCAGUCCAUGCAUGGUCGGUGUUUCGCGUAUUCAAGAUCGAACGCAAAUUGUACGGCCGAUCAGAUUUGGACUUUCUUGAGAGGGUUUUCCAGAAGCUUCUGCUCAAUUUUACUUGGUGGGUAAAUCGAAAGGACCACAGCGACAAGGGUGUCUUCGAGGGCGGCUUUCUCGGCCUCGAUAAUAUCGGAUUGUUCAAUCGCUCGGAACCCCUACCCACGGGCGGCGUCCUUGAGCAAGCGGACAGUACCGGAUGGAUGGCUUUCUACUGUCUGUCAAUGCUGAACAUUGCUCUCGAGCUGGCAAAGCAUCGCCGGAUAUACGAAGAUAUUGCGUCCAAAUUCUUCGAGCACUUCAUCCUGAUCAGCGAUGCCAUGACCUACCGAUCGUCUUCAGGAGGGGAGGAAGCGUCCCUGUGGAAUGAGACAGAUGGUUUCUAUUAUGACGCCAUCUCUUGGGGCGGUCCUUGGACCAAACAGCUUCCUGUUCGAUCACUCGUGGGCCUUAUACCUCUGUUUGCCGUCUUGACGCUAGAGCCAGAAAUAAUCAAUAAGCUCCCUUCCUUCAAGAGGCGUUUGGUAUGGUUCAUCGAGAACCAUAAUGAUAUUGCGGAGCGUAAUAUCGCCUCCCUUAGAAGAAGAGGAAAAGACGACAGACUCCUGUUAUCACUGGUCAACAAGGAGCGUCUGGUCCAGAUUCUGAAGCGAAUGCUGGACGAGACGGAGUUCCUUGCAGAUCAUGGCAUUCGGUCGCUCUCAAAAUACCAUAAGGAAAAUCCAUAUUCGAUGGAUGUCAACGGACAGCAUUUCCAAGUUAGCUACGUGCCAGGUGACUCCGACAGCGGCCUGUUCGGUGGAAAUAGCAACUGGAGAGGCCCCAUUUGGUUGGCUGUCAAUUUUCUACUUGUAGAAUCACUGCUUCGGUUUUACAUGUUCUAUGGCAAAUCUUUAGUGGUGGAGUGCCCGACAGGAUCGGGAGUGUUCAUGCAUCUAGGUCAAAUUGCAGAGGAGAUCCAGCAUCGACUGCAGCAUCUUUUCACGCGUGGAGAUGAUGGCCGGCGGGCAAUCAAUGAUGGCAAUGACAUGCUUGAUUUUGAUCCGCAGUGGAGGGACUAUCUCAGUUUCUACGAAUUCUUUGAUGCGGAUACCGGCAGAGGAUUAGGUGCAAGCCAUCAAUGCGGCUGGACCGGACUGAUUGCGAAGAUGAUUCAUGAUACUGGAAUCAACUGUCGCCUACCUCAGACUCCUAGGACUCCUACAGCAGCAGCCGCCCACUACGCUGGCUCCUAUUUCGACGAGAUCUGGGGUAAAUCAAGCAAGCCACGCAUCAGGCGUUCUUCCACCUCGCGAUCCAUCGGCAACAGUUUGAACGGUUCCGUCAACGGCGAUAUUCAUGAUAGAUCAGCCGUUGGUUCUGUAGGUGAUACCGGUGACCGCGAGAGACGAAGAAGCGAGGCCAACCAGCACGUCGCAAAUUAUGUUAAUGAGCAGCUGGAGCGUGUUCGAAGCAACCAAUCUGUGGGAGCAUACGAGGAUGAGUUUGAGGCUCAGCUGGACGGCAAAUAG